GAGCCCGAGGUUGUGCGGUCCGCGCCUGCGCACUGCGACGCCGAGAGGGCAAGCGAUCGAGGGAGACAGAGACGGACGUUGAGAGAACGAGGAGGAGGAAGGAGAGAAAAUGGCGUCCACGGACUAUAGUACCUACAGUCAAGCUGCAGCCCAGCAGGGCUACAGUGCUUAUGCAGCCCAGCCAGCUCAAGGAUAUGCACAGACCACCCAGGCAUAUGGGCAACAAAGUUAUGGAACCUAUGGACAACCUACUGAUGUCAGCUAUACACAGGCUCAAACAACUGCAACAUACGGGCAGACUGCAUAUGCCACCUCUUAUGGACAGCCUCCAACUGUAGAAGGGGCCAGUACAGGUUAUACUACACCAACUGCACCUCAAGCUUACAGUCAGCCUGUCCAAGGAUAUGGGACAGGGGCCUACGAUACCACCACCGCUACAGUUACGACUACCCAGGCAUCAUAUGCAGCCCAGUCUGCAUAUGGCACCCAGCCUGCUUACCCCACCUACGGUCAGCAGCCAGCAACUGCGGCGCCUGCAAGACCCCAGGAUGGUAGCAAGCCCGCUGAGACUAGUCAGCCUCAAUCUAGUACAGCAGGCUACAGCCAGCCCAGCCUAGGGUACGGACAGAGCAACUACAGUUACCCACAGGUGCCCGGCAGCUAUCCCAUGCAACCAGUCACCGCACCUCCGUCCUAUCCUCCAACCAGCUAUUCCUCUACCCAGCCGACUAGUUACGAUCAGAGCAGUUACUCCCAGCAGAAUACCUAUGGGCAGCAGAGCAGCUAUGGACAGCAGAGUAGCUAUGGUCAACAGAGCAGCUAUGGGCAGCAGCCCCCCACUAGUUAUCCCCCCCAAACUGGAUCCUACAGCCAGGCUCCAAGUCAAUAUAGCCAACAGAGCAGCAGCUACGGGCAGCAGAGUGCGUUCCGGCAGGACCAUCCCAGUAGCAUGGGUGUAUAUGGGCAGGAGUCUGGAGGCUUUUCCGGACCUGGAGAAAACCGGAGCAUGAGUGGCCCUGAUAACCGGGGCAGGGGAAGAGGGGGAUUUGAUCGUGGAGGCAUGAGCAGAGGUGGGCGGGGAGGAGGAGGAGGAGGACGCGGUGGAAUGGGCAGCGCUGGAGAGCGAGGUGGCUUCAAUAAGCCUGGUGGACCUAUGGAAGAAGGACCAGACCUUGACUUAGGCCCACCUGUAGAUCCAGAUGAAGACUCCGAAAACAGUGCAAUUUAUGUACAGGGACUGAAUGAAAAUGUGACUGCUGACGAGCUGGCAGACUUUUUCAAACAAUGUGGGGUUGUCAAGAUGAACAAAAGGACUGGGCAGCCGAUGAUAAACAUUUACUUAGACAAGGAAACCGGAAAACCCAAAGGAGAUGCCACAGUAUCCUAUGACGACCCACCUACUGCAAAGGCUGCAGUAGAAUGGUUUGAUGGGAAAGACUUCCAAGGCAGCAAACUCAAAGUGUCUCUUGCUCGGAAGAAACCUCCAAUGAACAGCAUGCGAGGCGGCAUGCCACCCCGUGAAGGCAGAGGGAUGCCUCCCCCACUCCGAGGAGGUCCUGGAGGGCCAGGCGGGCCAGGAGGUCCCAUGGGUCGAAUGGGAGGCAGAGGAGGAGACAGGGGAGGUUUUCCACCAAGAGGACCCAGGGGUUCCCGAGGAAACCCUUCAGGAGGAGGAAAUGUCCAACACAGAGCAGGCGAUUGGCAGUGCCCUAAUCCAGGCUGUGGGAACCAGAAUUUUGCCUGGAGAACAGAGUGUAAUCAGUGUAAGGCCCCCAAGCCAGAGGGAUUUCUCCCACCACCCUUCCCACCUCCAGGUGGUGACCGGGGCAGAGGUGGCCCUGGCGGCAUGAGAGGUGGGAGAGGUGGCCUCAUGGACCGCGGAGGGCCUGGCGGUAUGUUCAGAGGAGGCCGAGGAGGAGACAGAGGCGGCUUUCGGGGAGGCCGAGGAAUGGAUCGAGGAGGCUUUGGUGGAGGAAGAAGAGGAGGACCUGGGGGUCCUCCGGGACCCCUCAUGGAGCAAAUGGGAGGCAGAAGAGGAGGGCGUGGAGGACCUGGAAAGAUGGAUAAAGGUGAGCACCGUCAGGAGCGCAGAGACCGGCCCUACUAGACGCAGAAACCCCGCAGAGCUGCAUUUACUACCAGAUUUAUUUUUUAAACCAGAAAAUGUUUUAAAUUUAUAAUUCCAUAUUUAUAAUGUUGGCCACAACAUUAUGAUUAUUCCUUGUCUGUACUUUAGUAUUUUUCACCAUUUGUGGAGAAACAUUAAAAACAAGUUAAAUGGUAGUGCCCUGAGUUUCUUUUCCUUCUUUUAAAGAUGGUUGUUUAACGAAGACUAAUAAACCAAUGAGAAACCAUUGUUGUGAGCAUGCUCAAAUAUCAUUGUGUGGCGACCCAGGAGGAGAACUAACUGUAACAAUGUUAAUGGUUGUGAUGUUUUUUUUUAAAUAAAAUUCCAAAUGUUUAUAAACGUAA